AUGUCGAACCUCCCUUCUGAAUUCCGCGAAUAUGAGGCUGAUGAUCUCGAAGCUCUCAUGGGUGAGGGAACCGAACCUCAAACCCAAACAGGAGGCGAGUUUGAUCUUCACCCCCAGAGUCAAUCGUCCAUCGAUUCUCUCAAUGAUCUCCGUCGCUUAUGCCACAUUCCCCCCGAAGUGGAGAUGGUGGUACCGGAGCCUUACGAGUCUCCAGAAUCGGGGCGAGAGGGGUAUUGUUGCGCCUAUGAAAUUUAUUUCAAAGGGUGCGGAUUGUUCCUUCCCCUUCCCGAGAUUCUUCUUACCUACCUCAACCAUCUGGGAAUUGCCUUCUCUCAGAUGUCGCCCAACAUGCUCCAGUAUCUUAUGUGUACCUUCACAGUUGCGGCGGAGGCGGGCUACUCGCUGGGACUUAGCGAGCUUUUGGAAUUAUUCCAGGCUCGUGAAUCCCGAUCUUCUGGGUAUUAUGCCCUUUAUCCGAUCGCAGAUCGGAACCUUAUUGACGGCCUGCCUUUAAAAGACAACGCCUGGAAGAAGUUUUGGUUUUUCUUCCGUUCCCAAAUUAGGCCAGUUUCCUCUGUUGACUUCUUCAAUUUUUGCAAGGCUGUCAUCGAGAGGCCAAAUGGGCCUUACUCAUCCGUCGAUCCUCCUCCUGCUGAAAUUUAUCUCUCGAGUUUAAACGCCCGAGAUAGGAGAAGGAUCAGAGAAGCGGACAAGAAGGUCAAAGAUCAGAUCUCUCAGAUUGGGAAAAACAAGAAAAACGCAUCCUCCGCCGGGGACGAAAAAGUCUACCGGAAAACUCUCCUAGUUGAUGACGGGUCCCUCGAAGGUUCAAAAUCAAUGGCGGUCACCAUAAACAAUGCCCCUUCCUCAUCCCCAGCAGCAGACAUCAUGGUUGCUGUCACUGCUGAAGAAGGAGGUCCCUUAGAUGGCUCCUCUUUUACGAAGAAGAAGAAGGCUGAGGAUCCUGAACCCCCGCUUCAGGGAAGGUCCAAGAGCACGAGGAAAGCCGAAGCUAUUUCUUCAAGUCUUCCAGUUCCUGAAUCUGCUGACAUUCAGGGUAGGAAUCCUGAUUUAGGAGUUGUCCUGAGAGAGCCACUGAGUUCAGGGAUGCUACCCCCCAGGCGUCCUCGAGGUAAUACCUCUAGAGCUCGAUCAUCUCCGAGCUCAGGACUAGCAACCCUGGAUGUGAACAGCAUCAUCAACCAUUACGAGGAGGAGUUUACCAAAGUUUCCAAGAGAGCUACUAUUGCCGAAGGAGAGAUUGAGAAACUCCAAAUUUCCAACCAGCUUGCGAAGGAGACGGCUGGUCUUGACUCAGCUCGUCAGAAAGAAAUCGAGCAACUCGAAAAAUCUGGCGAGGAGACAAGGAAGAUUUUGGCCGAGACAGAGCAAAAGCUGAAAACUGCCCUUGCUGAUCAUAACUUCGCGAAGGGCGAGAUUGAGCUUCUGAAAUCAGAGCUUAGCAAGGAUGUUCGCAAGAUAUCUCAUGAUGCUCGGAAAGAGGUUAAAGGAGUUGGGCAAAAGUUCCUUCUUGCCGUGCAGAAAUUUAUUUCUGCAGAUAAAGCUUGGAACAAUCAUAACUCCGAACGUGAUGAGCUGAAGAGCAAUCUCGAUCUAAUCAAGGAGAUAGGGGAAGGAUCAAUUAAUUUGGCCGAAGAAAAAGAGACAGUUGGCACUGAGCUCGCUGAGACUGAAGCUAAGCUAGCUACCGUUCCUCAGCCAUAUCUAGAUUUACAGCAAUUUGCCUCUGAGUUCGCUGAUUCCCCUCCAUUGACCGAACCUAAUACCGGUUUGUCUUUGGAUGAAAUGAUGUUAACUGGUUCCCCUAGUGCUCAUUUUAAUGAUUUCAGAACCAAUGUUGACAAAAUUUCUUCGGAACGAACUCAGGAGUUCUCUAGUCAGGAUCCUGCUAGCUCGCUUAUCCCUGAGGUUGUUCUCACAGCUCAAGAUGCUCCCGUCGGAGGUGCUCCUGUCUUAAGCCAAGUAGGAGAUGGAGGCGGUUCGCCUAUGAAUGAAUGA